CUCGCGUUCAGCAAGGCGCUCAUCAAGGAAGACGCGCAGGUCACGCGCGACGCGGUCGCGUACUCGUACUACAUUCAAUACGCGUCCAUCGCGACCGGGUGUUUGGCAGUGGUCUUGCUGCCGAGCCAGAAGGCGGCGGUCGCCGAGCUCAAGAAGAACGGCGGCAGCCAGCCGCGGGUCGCCGCGUUCAUCUUUUUCUCGUUCUUCACGACGCUCUGCGUGGCCGUCACGGGCAGUCUCAGCUCCAUGUACGAGAGCACCAACUGCCUCUUGCUCGCGGGCGGCGACGGCUGCGAAGUGGCGCCCUCGAGCACGUACCUCCUCGGCAUCUUUGUGCCCGUGGGCCUCGCGCUGCUUCUGAUCGCCAAGUUUACCUUCUUCCACAAGUAA